CCGCCGCCGCCAUUCGCGCGGCGCCCUCGCCACUGCACGGACGUCCGCCACGCUCCCGACGCCGGCAGCAUCCGUGUAAAGUUUCCCAACUUUUGCACCACCGGCCAUUACCGACACAAAACUUUACCCCUCCCAGGAAUCAACUUCAGUGUGGUGUUUAGUGAAUAAAGAGCUACUUCAGUGAGUUUUGGUGUUUUGCGUGUACUUUUUUGCGAUCACGAUUUACCGUUUCAAUUGAACGUUACUGUUUCGUUCGAUAAAAAGCGCGUAAGUAGAGUUGGUCGCUCUUCGCUAGAGAGGGCCGUAUAUGGUUGGAUUUGUUCUCGGGUCCGGUGAAAGUACACCUUUGUUGAGUUCGUAAGGACACGCCGCAGCCGCAACUAGCUCGAUCCGACUGGCUGUUGCACUCCGUGCGGAUAAGGUCAUCGAGGUCAUUGCCAUGGCAACGGAAAUGAAAACAUACUGAAACACCCAGACGCAUGUCGGGCGGCGGCGGCGGCGCGGGUCUGAUGUCGUGUGUUCGGGAAGGCUCCCUCGAGCCGCCCUAUCGGCCGCCGCACGUCGACCCUCACAGACAUGGCGAAGGCAAGACAAACCGCUUCCUGCGCGGUCUGCGGCGCAUGUUCAAGCGGCGGCGGGGCUCCGACGCCGCGCCCGACCCCCGGAGCUGCUCCACCAGCGAGCUGCUGCACGAGACCCAGGACAGGAGGAACUCCGGCGCCUACGGCAGCGGCCUCUCCGUGUCGCACGACUCCGUGUUCACCGGCGAGCGCUCCGGGGACGAGUACAGCGACGAGCGGCCCGCGCCCGCCCGCCGCGCGCCCGACCACCGGGCGGAGCUAGUGGCGGCGGUCCGUCGACGCGGCCGCGGAGACAGCGACGAUGAUGAAGACCUAGGGCUGCCGAGGAGUCCCCCCGCUUCACCACCCACUGACAAAGCUGACAAGCGCCAUCAUGCCGGCAUCUCGCACUCGUCAUGCAGCGACGGCUCGCUGCUCAGCGUGGGCUCCUCGGAGAUGGACGAGGACUCCGGCAGCGGCGCCCUGGACCAGCACGACCGGAGCGACGCCUCCGACUUCUACAAUUCGUCGGAGCCGCCGACGGGGGUGGCGCCGCUGUCGCACUCCGCCGCCAAGCACAAGAUGGCGGUGCGGCCGCGGCGCACGCACGGCGCGCCACGACGGAAAAAGAACACACAGAUUGCCGCAUCCGCCCUGCCGAUAACGCCUGAACUGAACGAAGAAAUGAUACGAAGCACUACUCCUGAAGUCACUUACAGAAGCUCAGAAGUCGUUACUGAAUCAUUCUCUUCAUCGACAACUACGAAGCACCAGAUCACCGUCAAAGAGCACCAGCAGCAACUGAACCGAGAGCUUCAGCGAGUGAUGGAGACUCCCAGCGAUACCAAGCUGAAGUCAUCGUCCUUGCCUCCAGGCCUCGCCCUCAGCCAACUCAUGGGCCAAGCCAGCCAGUCGCCCGCCAAACUCAGCAUAGCAGAAAACAACACCCCAAGAUCCUCCAUCAAAAGAAGCAAGUCCAGCUCCCAAGGAAAAUCUCUCCGAGACGAAUCCCCCAAACCCACAGCAGCCAGCACCAGCGAAUCUCAGAUCUACCACGAAGAAAGAAUGUCCAGAUUCCGCACCGAAACCAAAACCGAAGAGUCUUGCCAGAACGAGAAGAAGUCUAAGUCAGAUAAGAAGAUUGAGAACGAAAACAUUAGAGCUAAGAAAGAGGAGUCGUUUUUCAGCCGCUUGCUGCUCAGGAAGAGCGGGAAGAAAUCCAAGAAAGACACGAUAGACGGGGAGGGACAGCAGGAUAAUAAGAAGACUAAAACUGAGAAGCCUCAGCAGUAUAAGUCUGUCGAUACUGAGAAAAGCGGGUUCACGUAUCAAGGCUACCCGCCGGAUCAGAAGCCGGCCGUCCCUGAGAAGAACAUUCACAAAUCUGGUGGUCAGAGAGCAUUCGCCAACCAAAUGCACAAGAGAAUGGACAACAAGGGGGCCUACGUCCAAGAAGGGGUCUACAAAGACGCCUACAGCGCUGCCAAAGUUUCCGGAGUCGAAUACAACAUUACUGAUCUCAAAAUCGCUGAAGAAACCGACAAAAUGCUGAACAGAGAAAUGAAGCAUAGGUAUAGUAGACACGAAGAGUUCACAGAAAAGAUUGUAGAACGAUCUACAAAAAGGACUUCUUCUAAAGAAGCUAUAGAUGAGUCGUAUAAACGGGAGUCUUUUAGUCUUCACGGCCACGACAGGUCUAAGAGACCGCCGGCGUCGGUGCAAAGACUUGUCGAGCCAUUUUCGUCGAAAGCAUUUAUUAAUCAUGAAAUAGCUUGUGCGCAAGCGGACAGCCUCUCUCCCUCGCUAGUGAUCUCAGAAGACGAACCUCCUUUACGAGCUACCCGCAGAAACGUUCACAGCGACUAUGUAUUCCACUCCGGCAGUAUGCCCAAAAACAUUCCGUAUUUCAAUCCAAACAUAGCUAUAUCAGCCUCUGCUUCGCCGCCUAAAAGUAUUCUGCACCAGAACUCAGACAAGAUAAAGCAUUUCAACCGCUCGUCGGAACACGUUACAGAGUACGGACGAGAAAGGCAGAUAGUGGAGUCUCGUGAACAUAAAUGCCAUCACGUGGUGAAAGCAGAAGAGGCGUACGUGGCAUCCGGCCUUCGAUCUCUUGGGGAAGAAUAUGUCGAGUCCCGCAGUAGUAUUGGCAAAUCUCACAGCUUCCGUUAUGCUUCUGAAACAACGUCGCUCAGCUCGCAAGAGAGUCAGAUGCCGAGUCUGCCCGCCAUUGUCGGCAUCUCUGAACCUCUACUCGAGAGCUGGGAGGUCAACUACAGAAGAAACGUGAACCAAAGCUCUGAAAGUUUUAGUGAUAGACAUGACUUCUCGAAACGGGUUUCGGCCAGAAACUACAGCUUGCAUCACACCCCGGAAACGAACUAUGAUAGUCUACCGAGCACCGACAGUAGCUACCUUGAUAGUUUGAAGACGGACCCACAUCUUGAAGAGAAGAAUUUGUUUGCUAAUACUAUACAUAUUAAUCUGCAGACUGGGAAUAGCAGAAAGCGCGACAGUGACAUCUCCCAGAUUGAGGCUAAGAUUGAUGACAUUAUUAGUUCGCCUAAGCCCAUUAUUGCCCCAAUACUCAAGUCUAGUUCUUUAGAUAGUGUUAAAAGUAGUCCCGAGAAGCCUAAGGAUGAUAGACGUAAGACUAUUUCUAUUGAGAGCUCUCUGAGCCAAAACGGUAAGGCUGGUAACUUGCAAAAGGAAGAUAAAAAUGAGAAUGAGAAUUUCAUUUCAGUUACCCACAUUAAUAAAGAGCCAAGCUCCACAGCCCCUAAGAUUAUUGAAGCACUAAAAGUAGCUAAGAGUGAGGAGAAGCUGCAAAAAAUUGGCAAAACUGGUGUUCCUGAAUUCCUCAACAUUCAACUAAACAGAGUGGACGCUAAACCCACCACUAAUGUUGUCUUAACUGCCAAUGUGACACCAAAGAAACCCGACGCUCCGGUUGUUGAAAAAGACAAUGAAGUGGCAGAGAUCAAAACUACCCAUCAAAUACAAAUCAGAAAGGAUCCUAUGAUAAUAAGCAAAUUAAAAGAAAACUUAACUGAAGAAAGUCAACCGGAAGAUAAAAACUCUCCAGUUAUUAACAGAAGAUCAGUGCCACCUUCGAUUUCUCCGCAAAGUCCAUCCACCACACCAAAGGCAUUCUUCAAAAGAAAGUCCACAAGUGUUGAGUACCAAGACAAACCUGAAAAACUUAGGGCCAACUCGGUUAGUACUGAAGGAAGCACUGAAAAGAUAUUCGAUAGCAUCUCCAUGGAUCAAAAGUCACAUUCGAGCUUCGGUAGUAAAAGCUCCAUCCAAAGUACCGACAGCAACGAACCCAGGACACCGGACAGACACGAAGAAACCAUCAUUUACCGUAAAAAACCUAUAACAUUAGUCAAAGAAAGAAGUGGUAAGAAAAACGACAAUGAUGAGCCUGAACUAAUGAAAGUGUUUGCGCGACGAUCUCUGAAACUGAAAGACUCCGAAGCAGAAACAUUAGCUCAAGAAAUAGCUGAAAACAGAACUAAAAAUGAGGAAAAUAAUGAAAACGCUACACGAUCUAAGCUUCUGAAGAACGAAUUCAAUGCUUCAAUAAAAUCCCGGGACAGCGACAAGGAAAACGAAGAAUCGAAAGACCAGGCAGAAGAGAACAGAAUAGUCGACAUAGCAGCUAGAGUCAGCCAAUUCGGAAACUACCAGCGAAGCGUCAGCAUAAGCAGUGUAACAUCCAACCCUAAACGAGAAAGCGCUCCGGUAUACAAAACAGAAGUCAACAAAUACAAGAAAGAAUCUUCAGAUUCUACCCCCGAAAAACGUUUACGAAACCGAACAUUCCCUUCAACCGACAGGGAUGACAUGCAAAACAUUGCCAAAAGCGAAGCGUUGGCUUACAAAGCCGACACGCUGACUAAAAAGCCGUGGCAAAGAAACGAAGAGGUCAAACCGUUUAGGAACUCUUCGGAAGGGAAAAAAGAGACAGCUGUGAUAGACAAGGACGUGGAGAAGGAGAAGGAGGUGGGAGAGAAAGGGACAGGAGAGGCGGACGCGAGUCCACAGUUCAAGGGGAUACUGCAGAUGAGGGCCGAGUGGGAGCGGCGGGCGAAGCAAGGCAUGGCCAAAUAGACGAUGGUGCUACUGAAUUGAGGAGUAGGAGUACCGCUGCUUGGAUACAUUAUCGUAACAUUUUUUAUUCUAGUGAUAUUCUACAAUACAACCUAGCUUAUAGAUGACCUGCAAAUAUUCGGCAAAGUAGUUCGUUAUAAAUUAAUUAUAGAAAUUUAUCUAACGUUGAUAUAGAAGUAUGUAUUUUUGAGUGUUAUUGCAAUGACGUAGUAAAUAGUUAUAUUUUAAUAAAGGAUACUGAUAUUAUUGUAUUAAACAUUUCAAACUGUGA